CUCCGCCGCAGGACGACGGGGCUCUGAGGUCCCUGCGCGUUUGCUCUCCAAGACCAACCCGAGGGGAAGGGCACGGCCCGGGGUGGGGUGUCCGGAAACAUCCGCGGGCCCCCGUGGAGGAGGAGACGUUCGGAGCAGGGCUCCCGGCGGAGGUUUCAACAGACCUCACCAAGAUGCCGUCUCAAAUGGAACAUGCCAUGGAAACCAUGAUGUUCACGUUUCACAAGUUUGCUGGGGAUAAAGGAUACUUGACAAAGGAAGACCUGAGAGUACUCAUGGAAAAGGAAUUCCCAGGAUUUUUGGAAAAUCAAAAAGACCCUCUGGCCGUGGACAAAAUAAUGAAGGACCUCGACCAGUGCCGAGAUGGCAAAGUGGGCUUCCAGAGCUUCUUUUCACUAAUUGCUGGGCUCACCAUUGCAUGCAAUGACUAUUUUGUAAUACACAUGAAGCAGAAGGGCAAGAAAUAGGCACCAUUGAGCAACACUCCGCCCGGAGUGAGGUGUCCCAAAGGGUCUCAAGGAAUCUGUCCCACAGCUUCCCCCUGUAUAAAGGAUUCCAUGAGCAGAUCAGGACCCUCAGAAAAUGUACAAAUAAAAUCCAACCCCCAUUUGAGAAGCAGAGAAAGAAAAGUCAGUAAAAGAAAGCCAGAUAAGCUUUUGAUUUUUAUAUUGCUUAUUGCAUCCUCUUACCCUCAAUAAACAAAUUCCUUUUUUA